CGCAGCCUUGCCCGGGUGACUGACAGACGGAGUCGCGGUCGGGAUGGGGAGAAGCGGCUGGCGUGGCGGAGACUUCAAAAGAAGCUUACAUGGUGGAAUUUACUUUUGCAAGCUACACAAAGAAAUGCGGUUUAUUUUCAAAACUGAAAAAGAAAACAUUGGCAUGAAAGAGUGACUGUAAUAUUCGCCAAGAAUGUCUAUUUUUUCAAUAUAUCUGCUAUCUUAUUUAAAAUAUUCUUCUAAAGAAUGAUUUGCACUAAAUAGAAGAAAAGGUGAAAUGCUUUGAAGACUGUCAACAAGAAUUCUGGUUCCCAAAGUAUAUUUUAAUUUAAUUCACUUGAACUGUGAGGUUGUAUUUUUAUAUUGAAGAUUAGAAAAACUAUUCUCAAACAGGAGACGCAGUAUUGACAUAGUGCUAUAUGAAGAGCUGCAACACUGUCUAAAUAGAAUGCCCUAAUUUUAAGGCAAUUGUCAGACUCUUGUAUUUGCCUCGUUCUGCUCAGAAUCCUUAAUUUUUAUAACCAUAUACUUGUUUCUAAAUAAUGGCGUGGGUAAAGUUCUUGAGAAAACCUGGAGGGAAUCUUGGAAAAGUGUAUCAACCGGGAAGUGUGAUGUCUUUGGCUCCUACAAAAGGCUUGUUAAAUGAACCAGGACAAAAUAGUUGUUUUCUUAACAGUGCUGUACAGGUUUUGUGGCAGCUUGAUAUAUUCCGAAGAAGCUUGAGAGGUCUCACUGGACAUGUUUGUCAAGGAGAUGCUUGCAUAUUUUGUGCUUUAAAGACAAUAUUUUCACAAUUCCAGCACAGUCGAGAGAAAGCAUUGCCAUCAAAUAAUAUGAGACAUGCCUUGGCUGAAAGCUUUAAAGAUGAACAGCGUUUUCAGCUUGGGCUCAUGGAUGAUGCAGCAGAAUGUUUUGAAAAUAUACUUGAGAGGAUUCACUAUCACAUUGUGCCAAGCAGUGAAACAGAUAUGUGCACUUCUAAAUCCUGCAUUACUCAUCAGAAGUUUGCUAUGACUCUAUAUGAACAGUGUGUGUGUCGCAGUUGUGGAGCAUCUUCAGAUCCUUUACCUUUCACAGAAUUUGUUCGUUAUAUUUCAACAACAGCCUUGUGCAAUGAAGUUGACAGGAUGUUAGAAAGACAUGAGCGACUUAAGCCUGAAAUGUUUGCAGAAUUGCUUCAGGCAGCAAAUACUACUGAUGACUUCAGAAACUGCCCUAGUAACUGUGGCCAAAAAAUAAAAAUACGUCGUGUUCUAAUGAACUGUCCUGAAAUUGUCACAAUUGGUUUAGUGUGGGAUUCAGAACACUCUGAUUUAACAGAAGAUGUAAUCCGGAAUCUGACAACGCAACUAUAUCUUCCAGGGUUGUUCUAUAGAGUUACUGAUGAACAUGCCAAAAAUAGUGAGCUUUACCUUGUGGGGAUGAUUUGCUACUCAAGCAAACAUUACUGUGCCUUUGCUUUUCAUACCAAGAGUUGCAAAUGGGUGCUGUUUGAUGAUGCUAAUGUGAAAGAGGUUGGAACAAAAUGGAAGGAUGUGGUGUCCAAAUGUAUUCGGUGUCAUUUUCAACCAUUGCUGCUAUUUUAUGCAAACCCAGAUGGUACACCUGUAUCAGCGGAAGAUGCACCCAGGCAGAUAAUACACUGGUCACACUACAAAGCAGGAAAUGGAGAAGAACUUGGAUCUGAAAAAUCAGUUUUUCCUAAAUCAGAUCACAUGAAAGAGAAUGGGUUUGGAGAACCCAUUACUCAGAAGAUCAGCAAAAAAUAUCAGCCAGAAAGCUCAGCAUUCAGUAGAAACCAUAUCCAAGCAAGUAUGAUCAGUAGGCCAGGCAAGUUGGCGCAUAAUGAACAUAAGGAAAAGGCAAAGGAUAUUUCCAGAGAGUGUGCUCAAAAAGCAGCUGAGAUGAAAAAUUUCUCAUCCUCACUAAGAAAAGACACAGACAGAGGAUCCAAAAGAGAGUCUGGGAAGCAGAGAGAGCUGCCUGGAGAAAUCAGCUGUAAUUUUAAGGCAGGUUCACCACCUUCUGGAAGUGAAUUUAGGUCACAUUCUAAUGAACGCAUAUAUAAUAGCCAAGGGAGAGGGCCUUACAGACAUGACAAGAUACACAACCAAAUAAGGCCUGGCAUGCGGGCACUGGGAACAAAUAAAACUGAUGGCUUUCCUGAUGGAGAGAAAAUGAGCCGUGUGAAGGCUGAUAGCACUGCUGGUUAUGAUACAGACAGUAGCCAAGACUCCAAGGACAAAGGAAGUAUCAGUAGCUGCAAAAGUCGAAGCAGAGGCUGGAAACCCAUGCGUGAAACACUCAACGUAGACAGUAUCUUUAAUGAUACUGAGAAAAAGGAGCAUAGUUCAAAGCCCAAACUAAAUGCAAGCAGCAAAUCUAAACAUGAAAAGGAGCCAAGUUCAAACAACUGGCCAAAAGAAAAUCUAAAUCAAAAAGGUUUAAUGACAAUUUAUGAAGAUGAUACAAAACAGACAGGCAGCCGGAAUUCCUUGGAUUCAGAAGGCAAAGGAAAUAUAGAAAAAGGCAAAGGCUUUACCGAGAGAAAAAUUCACGCUGAUGGAUGGCAGAUACAAAGGACUGAGUCUGGUUAUGAAAGCAGUGAUCAUAUCAGCAAUGCUUCUGCCAGUCUGGAUUCACCUGUCAUUGAAGGAACCAGCCCUGUAGACACCACAACUAUGAAGGAAACAGUUCCUUGCAGUGACCAGAAUCUAUCUGCCAGAUACCCUGCGUAUGUCUUGCAAUCUACCUCUCAGCAGAACAAAAACUUUUUGGAUGCCUUGAAGAAAGACCAGGUUAAUACUCAGUUUAAUUACAGAACGCAUAACCCCCAGUCAGCAUCCCAUUUGCAGAUGCACUGUCCACCACUGAAAAGGAUUGAUGUACCUGAUUGUAGUAAGUUUCCCCCCUCAUUAACACUACGGACCACUUUAAAAGACUACACUGAGAGAGAGCUGAAGAACUGUGCAUUGAGUGAACAAAGUUCACAGUGGCUUAAUCAAGAUAUGCUUGAUGAAACUAAUGUACGUACAUCUGACAGUUCAGCUUGCUCUUACAAUGAUGGCAACUUAGCUGUAUCUGAAAAGGGUCAGAGCAGCAGUCUAUCUUCCCAUUUACCUCCUACAAAGACAAGUAGAUCCAGACCUGCACUUGCAUUUUUCUUGCAACAGAAUAUAUCGAAACCUUCCUAUACUGAAUCAAUGCCACCUGCUGAACAUAAAAUGCAUUUGUAUGAUGGUAAGGCUGAUACCACACCAGAAGCAAUUUACCAAAACCUUCCUCCUCCUUUACCUCCAAAGAAAUAUGCUUUGACUAGUUUGCAUGGAUUAGAACAUGAAUCUACUGUAGAUUUAAAACCAACAGAAGUACUGUGCACUAAUCCUUCUAGCAUUGAAAGGCAUGCUGUAAACGUUACUUCAAAAGCUACAUGUGAAGUAGAUCCAUUUACAGAUGAAGAAAGAGUUAGAGCAAUAUUUCAAGGGAAUGAGUCCUCCAAGACCAACUUUCCAUCAAGCUUAUCAGUCAAUGAUUUGUGGACUGUAUCCAAUAAUCCAACAAAUAAGGGCGUGUGCCACACAGGACUAAGUGAUAGCUCCCUGGAUGCAAAUGCAAAUAAUGUUAUAUCUCUUACUACUUAUUUUUCAGUUGAUAAUUGUAUGACUGACACAUACAGGAUGAAAUACCACCAGAGACCCAAACUGUAUUUUUCAGAAACUGAUGUGUUGAACAAAGAAACAUCUCUACCAUCAACUGGAAUUCCGCUAAGUACUUCAUACCAUAACACUUCUGAUUCAAAUUAUCCCACAACUGAGCAGAGACACAAACCUAGCACUGAAAAUGUGCAUUGCAAUCGAUAGAGGCUUUAAUAAAUGAGCAUAAAUCCUUGGCACUCCUAACAUGAUGCAAUGUUAAGGUUUUUCUUACCUCACCUAUACUUCAUUAAGAAGUUACUGCUAUUUUCUGUGUGUUUGCACAUGCAUGGUCAAAAAAGAUGCAAAGACUUCUGGUCCUAUGUUUAUGGAUUUGCGGCUGCUUUGUUUAACAAGAUUUGCACCUAUUGUAAACAAAUAUGGAACCAGCUGCUUAGCCUGUUACACUUUGAAAUUUGAAUUUCAGAGCAAUCCUAUUUAAAUGGGUGUUUAUUUAAUAACUAGGAAUAGUCUGCUUUUGCAAGUAAUUAAAAACUGAUCCUUUAACUCUUUUUAAUUUAGAACUGGUUUGGAUCCAAACUAAGGUAUCUGUGGUGCAAGGAUUUUCUGCCAUCUUCCUCAGGCCAGGAGCCCGAAUGCUUUUCAAAAUUCUGUUCCUGGGGAUCCCCAUUCCUCCAAAAAAGGAUUUUGGGCUGCUGUUGGAGGGGAAGUCGGAAUAUUGUUUUGGGGGGGCAGAAAUACUUUGUCUAGUCUGGAUCCAAGCCGUUGAUUUGCAAUACCAGUUUUAGGUUCUGUUCGCAAUUGUUUGUAUGGAUUAAUUUCUAAUCUACUUGAGCACUUUCUGUAACUAAUGUAACAAAUCAUGCUUCUUUUAAUCUUCAACUAUCAUUUUAUUUAUAGAGUCAGGAAAUUUAUUUGCAGAAUGGUUUAAUAUUAAUUAUUUCUAGUGUGGACCUACCUUCCAGUUUGGGAAUAAUGGGGAAAAUCCAUGGCUGAUUGUAAGAAUUCUGUGUUGAUUUUGUGAAAACUUGCAAAUUUAGAGCCAAAGGAAGCAUGCAGUAAUUGUUGAUAAACCCAUCACAGGGGCUUGGACCACCCUAGAUUUCACUUGGAAUUGUUGUACUUAUAGUUUUGCUCAUUAUGUAAACUUACCACAUUAGAAUGCAUUUUCUUAAAAUAUGUAUGUUUUAUAUGACAUGACUUUUGCAUGGGGGCACUUUCCCCCAAAAAAACCUUGGGAGGUAAUUUCAAAUGACUGCAUUACCUCAACCAAGCAUGCAGGAAUCUGCCCUAUGGGCAAUGAACUGACAGCAUGCUGAACCUGAUUUUGUGAGGCUUUUCUCCUGGCCAGCAUAGCUUUGUGUAGCUGCUUAACUGUCAGCUGGUCAUUUCCAGGGAGAGGGGGGGCUGCAAACAUGUUUUUGCACAGUUCUCAUGGGUGGGCUUUUGCUAAGAAUGUGAGAGCAAUCUGAGAAAUGCUUUGAAAGGCACUGUAGAUUGUUACUGAACCUGCAUAGGAAUCUUACCUAGAACAUCAUGUAAGAUUGUGAAAAAGUGAAAGUGCAUUUGGGAGUUCUGACUUGCACUUACGUUCAGGUACUUUUAGUUAAGUUACAGCCGUUCUAAAAGAAUACUAUUUUGUAUUGUUGCACUGGUAGAAGAUGGAGGCUUUUAAUGUUGUUGUGGGCUCACAUUAGAAUUUCUGUAUAACUAAAUUGGAAAAAUGCUGGAGACAUACGUUGAUAUUGGAUCUAUGCACAGAAUGGUCCAUAUUAUGGAAAUAUGUAUCCUAGUACUCAUAAAUCACUAUAAGUUAUUUACCUGACUUCUGUGAGUCAGCCAGCCAGCCACUUUCAUUAUCCCUGAAAAUUUUUAACACAUCUAUUCAGCAUUUUUUUUUAGCAUUUGAAAUGAUGCCUUAAUGAGAGACUUAGAAUUUGCUUCAGUAUAUGAAAUAGUGGCUACAAUUUCAAAUAGCAAUAGUUUGUAUUUCACACAGCAUAUUUUAAAUAUUGCAAGUUGUGCAUAGCAAUUACAUGCAGUAGAGGCUAUCUUUGCACUACUGGAAAGAUUUUCAUAUCGAAAAGUAUAUAAAUGAUAUAUUUUUAUAUUAAAACCUGCUCUGGAAAAUAAUGCUUAUAAUUUGCUGCAUGUAAAGAAAAUACUUUAUUUCUUAUUUAAAAUGUACUCCGCACGAGCUCCUGUCGAGAGAUAAGCCAGCCAGUCUUGUAUUAAUUCAUUUGAAGAAGCUUUAACUCCAACCUUCCUAUUUAGAUUCAGUAGGAUAAAAAUUACUUCUGUGGAAGAUUAAGUCUUUUAAAUUUUGAUAAGCAGUUCGACUAAAAUGAAGACCUACGAAGAUGGUUGUUCUGCAGAAAAGACAGUUGAUUAUAAUGUAAAUGCCUUUUUAAUUUUUAAGUAUAUUGAUACCUGAUAAUUAAAACACUAUCAAAUGCUUGCUCUGUAGCCUGAUCCAUACAGAUUGCAAGUUUGUGCUUUUAACCAAAUGCUGAGCAACAUAGCAUAGUUACCAAGGUUAGUUAGAAAGACUUUGCACUUAAGACAUUACUUGGUCUCCAGGAUUCUGCUUGGCUUGAGACAGACCAGGCCUCGGUCUCGGGUGCAGCCUCCCCCAAUUUCCUUCACCCUGGGGAUAGGGUAAUGUCUGCAUUGGAAGAUACCACAUUUGUUUGAAUGUGGAUCUUACUAACCUUUCCACACUUUACCCAGUGUACUUAUGGAAACCCAGUAAUGUCUGAAUAAGGCCCAUUAUGUUUACAUUGACAGUGUCUUAAUCAUAAAUGUAACCUAAGAUGUUACUUAAUAAUAUGCAGCAGACCAAAUAUCUCAAGUUACUUUAAAUCUUGUAGUCAGCCUCCCUAGCAGUAGUGCUUCAGAGUGCUUCUGCAAGUAGUGUUGCUUUAUUAAAGCAUGUACAUGUAAAAUGUGUGUAUGGAUGCAAAUGAAAGUGAUUCUCACUUUCAAAAUAGGACAAAAGGAACUUAACCUAAAAGCAACUGUGUACAGUUAUUGACAGUUUCUAAUGCUUGUUUUUUUAUUUCAACUUUUUCUAGUUUCUGAUACACAGGUAAUGUAAAAUAGAUAAUACAAAGCCUUGAUUAUCUAGAGAUCAAAUAGUAAAUACUGGAAUUUAUCAUGUACCGUUUAAAGCUCUUACUAAAAUUGUGUAUUUGAAUUUGCAGUAUUUAAACUAACAUGUGAAUGACCUAAUGUAAGAGCAUUACUACAUUUUAAAAAUGUGCAUAGCAAAUGUUUAAUUUGUAAAUGUGUAUCUAAAGUGCUAACAAGCACAAUUGGUAAACGUGUUCUACUUAAUAGUAGUGCAGUAGCAUCAUGCAUUCUGAAAUGUUAAUGUUGUUUAAAGGGGCUCAACGUUUAACGUUUUGUACAGAUUUGUGGCUUCCUGACAACAUUUAGUCAAAUACUGACGGUUAGCUUUUAUAUCUGUCCUUAUAUAGAUGAAUAUUUACUAGCAGAAACUUUUUUUUUACUUCUCCAGGGUGCCUAUUUUUAUAAUUGUUGAAUUAAAAUUAUAGAUUUGUAUAACUUUUUAAAGGUUAAAUGCAUAUCACAUUGUGUAAAGGAUAUUUUAUCUAGAAAAUCUGAAUCCGAAGUUACAUUUUUCUGCUUGUUAUUGGAUAAAAACAGUUAACCCAUA